AUGCAGAAAGAUACCGAAAUGUCGACCCAUGAGGUUCUCUUGAAGCGGUUGAAUACCUGUAUAGUCACUAAAAACUAUGCGGAGUUCAAUGAGCUGCUUUCUGAAGCCCAACUACAAUUUUCAACUGCUCUUAGUUUUCACGGACAAGAAGUUACUGAAUUCUUGGCAAAUAUGAAACAAAUCAUGAGCGAAGAUUCAUACCCAGAGUUGGAUUACGAUAUGGCUGUUGAUGUGGUUGGACAGAUUGUAAGAAUGGUAUCAUUCGACCAGAUUUUGGGUGUAUUUGAAGUAGGGGACCUUAUGAAUGUCUUUAACAGUAAUGUGCCAUCGCUGAUCAAAUUGGCAUGCAGAGUUAUACAAAGAUCUGACCCUAAAGGCCUUUUCGCCGGCUCAGGACUUAUAGAUCUUCUAUUAAUCCAACUGUUUGAUACGAAAACCGAUGUAGGCGUUAUUGCGGAAAUCGAGAGUGCUCUGAAAGAGCUUAGUUGUGAUGUUUUGAUAAGAAGGCGUAUUUUAGGUGAUAAUGCUGUACUUUUGAUGCGCACUAAAACUAACUCAGAUCCUAUCUGUACGGCUAGACUUCUGGAGCUUUUGCAAAGCAUUUUUCCUUAUGCCAAUAGUGGCGAAUUAAACAACAAACUCUUCAUAUUUAGUGGGAAAAACAUUAUCGAGAGCAUCGACCGAGACAUCUUUUUAUUCAUUGCUAUCACUAAUUAUUACAGCAGACUACUUGAAGUUGUUAGAAAUAAGAAUGAGUCUGGGCAUUCCGGAGCAAGGAUACUGAAUCAUAUCUUAAACGAAGUAAUACCUACUUAUGGCAAGCUAUACAGGGAACAAGAGACACAUUUCACGGCCUGGAAUUAUGGUCGGAAAUACAUUUUCAACUUGGUGAAAGAGAUAUCGCUACUUCGAGAGUCUGAAUAUUUUCGGCUCCUCGAUGAGAAGUAUCUGCAUAUAACCGCAUCAAAUCCAGAUUUCCUAGAAUUUUUGAAAUUUGUCAAUCCGGCAUACUUAAUUGAAAAUCAAGGAAAAGCUAUUAUGGAUAUGCUCAGAGUCACCCCUUCUCAUCUAGCUGUCUUCAGAAACCUAAUCUCAAAUGAAAGUUCGUUUAAUACCAUAAAAGAAAAAUUGAAUGCUGAUCGCAUACUUGAAAUGCCGUAUAUUGAGCAGAUGGUACUCUUACAGAAGCUCACGAGCUAUGACUACUCCGCUUACUACUUACUCAACAACUUGUCGAAGGUCAUGUCCAACGUUGUGGAUGAUAAAGCGGGACGCAUAACGGAACCAGAAACGUUCGAACUCAGACGUGAAGUACUUGAGAAUCUAUUGCUUCUGCCGAAUGACUUUUUAAACGUUUGGGCAGAUCCCAUAAAAAAAUCAUAUCGCGGUAUUACAACCGGAUCAGAGGAUCACGGCUCUUUUGCUGAAGUCGCAGACGUUUAUUUAUAA